CCACAGUUGAUCUCUGACUUUGAACCGAGCUGCACCGAGUCCCAGGGACGGCUCCUGGAGGUUUUUGGUUUUAACUUUCUGAAGCUGCUUCGUUCUCUUUGCUUUGGGGACUUUUGGUGUGAAACGUUUUUUUUUCCAUCCUCUCUAUUUCAACACACCUCUUCUGUAGAUGUGUUUGUGUGUCCAGAGAUGUGUAGUUGUUGAUUCGGUCUAAAAGGAGCUGAGGGGAAAAGUUGACAACGAGUUCUUGUGGUCACGAUGUCACAGGUAAUGAAACCUCUCUCUCUAUCGCUUCCUCUCACAGGUCGUGUAAAACAUCAAGGGUGAAAAACAGCCUCCUCCUCCUCCUCCUCCUCCUCCUCCUCCUCCUCUUCCUCCUCCUCCUCCUCCUCCUCCUCUUCCUCCUCCUCCUCCUCUGCUGCAGCAUCAGAACUAAAUCUGAGAAAUCUCAUCUCCUGACGCCGCUUUGCAAAGAGAGAGAGAAACCACCUGGAGGUUUUUCUGUGGACCUUUCUGAGGAUUCGUGUGCAGACAUGUCUCCUUUCCUCCGGAUCGGCUUCUCCAACUUCGAGAUGGACCCGGGCCUGGCGUACCACGAGGAGGUGCUGAGCCCGUACUGUGCCGUGUACAUGAAGGAGGCCAUCGACACAGAGAAAGGUCAAGUGUACAAGCAGAAGAAGCCGACCAUGUACCCGCCCUGGAACACCACGUUCGAUGCCCACAUCCACCGGGGGCGCAUCAUGAACGUGAUGGUGAAGGACCGGACGGCCGAGCUGAAGUCGGAGGCCACGGUGGCUUUGGACUCGCUGGCGACGCGGUGCAAGAAGGAGAACGGCAAGCUGGAGAUCUGGUUGGAGCUGAAGCCUCAAGGUCGCCUGCUCAUGGAGGCCAGAUAUUACCUGGAGAAGAGUGACGCCGCGGGUCAGACGGAGGGAGACCCGGAGUCGGAGCCGGAGAGAGACGGCUUGUUCGCCCUCCAUCAGCGGCGCGGGGCCAUCAAACAGGCCAAAGUCCACGUGGUGAAAUGCCACGAGUUCAGCGCCACGUUCUUCCCUCAGCCGACCUUCUGCUCCGUCUGCAAAGAGUUUGUUUGGGGUCUGAACAAACAGGGCUACCAGUGCAGACAGUGCAACGCAGCGAUACACAAAAAGUGCAUCGACAAGAUAAUCGCCAAAUGUACGGGUUCCGCCAUAAACAGCAAAGAAACGAUGAUCCACAAGGAGCGAUUCAAGAUCGACAUGCCGCACAGGUUCAGAGUCCACAACUACAAGAGUCCGACCUUCUGUGAACACUGUGGGACGCUGCUGUGGGGACUCGCCAGGCAGGGGCUCAAAUGUGAGGAGUGCAGCAUGAACGUUCAUCACAAGUGUCAGUCGAAGGUGGCCAACCUCUGCGGCGUCAACCAGAAGCUGAUGGCUGAAGCUCUGGCCAACAUCGAGAGCCUUCAGCAGGCCCGAAGCACCAAAGACAGUGAGAUCAUUGGUCGAGAAGGUCCAGUGGGCGUCGGCCAGGCAGGAAUUGUCCGAGCUCCGUCGGGGUUACCGGCCAAACCUACUCCUGCAAACAGAGAGGUGCUGGGCAUCUCAUGGGACGGACCCACAGAUGAGAGCGGGUCGCUCGCCGAGGCGUCACGAGAGGAGGAGCCUCUGUACGCCGUCCCGAGGAAGGACCACCACCCCAAGUUCACCGUGGAAGACUUCGUCCUGCACAAGAUGCUCGGGAAGGGCAGCUUCGGAAAGGUGUUUCUGGCCGAGCUGAAGAAGAGCGGGCAGUUUUUCGCGGUCAAGGCUCUGAAGAAGGACGUGGUGCUGAUGGACGAUGACGUGGAGUGCACGAUGGUGGAGAGGAGGGUUCUGUGUUUAGCCUGGGAGAACCCCUUCCUCACGCACCUGUACUGCACCUUCCAGACCAAGGAGAACCUGUUCUUCGUGAUGGAGUAUCUGAACGGAGGAGAUCUGAUGUUUCACAUCCAGAGCGUCCGCAAGUUUGACCAGCACAGAGCCACCUUCUACGCAGCCGAGAUCAUCUGUGGGCUCCAGUUCCUUCACUCGAAGGGAAUCAUCUACAGAGACCUGAAGCUGGACAACGUGCUGCUGGACUCCGAGGGUCACAUAAAGAUCGCAGACUUCGGCAUGUGCAAGGAGAACAUGCACGACGACCUGAGGACCUCCACCUUCUGUGGGACGCCCGACUACAUCGCCCCUGAGAUCCUGUUGGGGCAGAAGUACAACAGCGCGGUGGACUGGUGGUCGUUCGGCGUGCUGCUCUACGAGAUGCUCAUCGGUCACUCUCCGUUCCACGGCCGCGACGAGGAGGAGCUGUUCCAGAGCAUCCGCACGGACAACCCUGUGUAUCCCUGCAGCCUCCACAAGGACUCCAAGGACAUUCUAGUCAAGCUGUUUGUCAGAGAACCUGAGGAGCGGCUCGGAGUGAAGGGAGACAUCAGGCAACACGGCUUCUUCCGCACCACCGACUGGAACGCCCUGGAGCAGCGGCAGGUGGCGCCGCCCUUCAGGCCAACCAUAUCGUCUCCCAGCGACUGCAGCAACUUCGACAAGGAGUUCAUCAACGAGAAGCCGCGGCUGUCGUGUGCCGACCGGACUCUGAUCAACAGCGUGGACCAGACCAUGUUCCAGAACUUCUCCUUCGUCAACCCGGGGGUCAAUCGCAUGGCAGCGCGUUGACCUCUGACCUCUGACCUCCACACCGACAACCUACUACCUACAAACCAGCGGCUCAGUCACGACCAGCACUUCACUGCAACUACAACUAAACUUCAGACGCCGAAUGUCCAAGAGCUCGACUGCAUCCACGAACAUGACUGUGAUGAGGAGCAUUACCCGGGGUGGGGGGGGGGGGGGUUACAAACACAACUGUGACGGGAUGUUUGAUGCACUUCUCUCUGCAUUUUUAAACAAAUCUCAAAUAAGACACGGAAAUCUUUCAGAAAAACGUCUGUGUUUGAGGCGAAUAAAAAAAAAAAAACUCUUUACACCAAAAUCUAAAAUCCACCUUUAGAAACCUCACGUGUGAUUCAUGAAAUCCACAAAGGAUUCAUUUAGAACUCCAUCAUUUCAAUUACCUUUGAGUUUAAAAGACUAAAAUGAAUCACCUGAAGAAUCCCAAGUUUGAACCUGAACUCCCCUUCGAGCUGUUUAUCCAGAGAAAACGUGUUUGUAAUAAACUCGUGGUGCCUCCUCAUAAUUUAUGAAUUCCACUUUGUCAAGAAAAGUGGUUUGAAUGUUGAACGAAGGUUAUAGUGAACGAGGUACUUCGAUCCCGAGAUACUGCAGUUUUGACUCAUGUACAAUAAAAUGUGUGUUGUUUUUUGGAA